UUUUACUAUGAUUUUUUGGAUGAAAUCAGCGGGGCGGGGGGCCUGUUGGUGCAGCAGAGUGCCGAGUGCGUCUUCUGUGCCGAUGUAAAAAAUACGCCGAGCAGCGCUUGCGUGCCCCCUGAUAAUUUUUAAUUCACCGCGAGUGUGUGAACGCGCGUGUGUGUGUUGAUAAAACGCAGAAUCCACCCCCUCGAAGUAUAUAUUACAGACGCCAGCUGAAUCAGCAUCUUUGGAAGCUGCGGAAGCAGAGGGAGAGGAGAUUUCGGAGCACAUAUUCAUCGCGACUUCCCAAAAGAUCUAUACGUGCUCUGAAUUUCGUAACACCUGCGAGGUCGAGCGUGCGGAGAGGAUGCGGGGUGCAUCGUUAUCGCCGGAGCGCAGGUAGCCGGCACCACCCGGGCACAGACGGAGCGAAGGAAAAUUCCACUAGUGGAGGACCAUAUACGAGCCGCACCCCCCCAUAAUCACGUAUUUGUAAAAAUUUAUAUGAGGAAUGAUAGGAUCAUGCAAGAGGGCAGCACAGCGGUGGCGCUAGCUAUGGUGACCCCUGGUUACGAUCAGGACCCAGCGAGCGGGGUGGCCGAUUACGCGAACCACCAGCAGGACCAGGCGCAAUUCGAGGCGGACAAGCGGGCCGUGUACAAGCACCCGCUGUUCCCCCUGCUGGCCCUGUUGUUCGAGAGAUGCGAGCAGGCCACCCAGAGCUCGGACGGCUCCAUGGCCGAGAGCUUCAACAUGGACAUACAAGCUUUCGUGCAGCACCAGGAACGGGACAGGAAGCCCUUUCUCACCAAUGACCCGGAGAUUGACGGCCUGAUGAUCAAGGCCAUCCAGGUACUGCGGAUCCAUCUGCUCGAGUUGGAAAAAGUGCAAGAGCUCUGCAAGGAUUUCUGCAAUCGUUACAUAACGUGCCUCAAGAGCAAGAUGCAGAGCGAGAACCUCUUGCGCAGCGAUUACGGGCACCACGGCUCGGGACACGACGGGCUCGCGCCCUCGAGCGGCAGCAACGGCAGCAGUCCCCUGCAGGUGCUGUCAUCUACAGGCAAUGAUGUUGAGCCGGGAGCUAACGGACUCCGAGUGAGCAGUGGCAACGACCACCACCUCAACCUCCACCACCACCACCAUCAUCAUCAGAACAGCAAUAGCAGCAGCAAUAGCCGGGGUGCCGAUGUCCUCUCGGAAAACGGCUCGCGAAGUGGUUUGGAGGACCUGCAGUCCCAGCCGGCGAAUCAACAACUGUACCGGCCACCCUCGGCCAGAUCCUCGUCGUCGGGUGGUGGCGCCGGUGGUGGAACGACUCAGAGAUCCAACUCGGAUUACGGAGGUCCACUGCAGGAGCAGCUCGACGACGAGCAGAGGACCUGCAGCAGUCCACCCGAUGUCCUCGGCAGUACGCCUCUCUCGCAGAUCGGGGCUCAGCACCACCAGCCUCCCGUUAACGAUAUGUACCUCGGCCAAGACAUUACUGUUGCAGGCUCGCCGUCGUCGAUGCAGAGCGAGGACGAGGACGAGGUGGCCACCGCGGCGGGCGUGGGCUCCCUCAGCGGUAGAUCCAAGGGUCCGAAGCCGAAGCGCGGCGUUUUGCCGAAACAGGCCACCAAUAUCAUGCGCGCCUGGCUCUUCCAGCACUUAGUGCAUCCCUACCCUACCGAAGAUGAGAAACGUCAGAUCUCGCAGGAAACGAACCUGACGAUGCUGCAGGUGAACAAUUGGUUCAUCAACGCCCGCAGGCGCAUACUCCAGCCGAUGUUGGACGGUGCGGGUACCGCGACGACCGAUCCCAGUUCUGGAGCGUUACAGCAGCAGCAGCGAGCCUCCAAACAGCAGAGAUCCAAGCAACGGAGCAAUAGUGGUGGCAACAGUAAACAGCUGCAGUUACAGAACCAGCCGGCGUCUGUAUGGCUCUCGGAGGACUCGGGCAGUGAGACGAACGGUUCUAGCGACAACGAAGCUAAUGCGUACUCUGAUAAGAGACUGGGUAGGGAUGACGAGGAGGAUAGCGAGGACGGAGGCAUCGACAUCGAGGAGCAGAAACCGUACGUCCACUGACCUCGCGGGCGCGCGCCCGAUUCUGAUGAUGUGCAGAUAACGAGAACGCCAGCCAACUCUACUACUACUACUAUUACAGCUGCUACUACAACUACUACAGUAUUAAGGUACUCGAGGGUAGAAAACGCUUUAACUGUCGUUAAAUAUGUAUUAAAACAGCUGUGUGCGCGUCCUUUGCGAGGACUACUUUUUUUUCCUACGUCGCAGCAGUUUCACGCUACCAUUCUUCCGUGCUUCUGUUUCAUGUUUAGUUUUAUUUUUAAUUCUUUCAUUUUGUUUCGCGGUGAAUUUUUUUUUUUUUUUUU